AUGACCACGAGAAAAAUGGUAGGGUCUGGAAAUGUGAAGGCAGCCGGAGUUCAGGCGGAGCCUAAGAUACCAUCUCCGGGGGAGGUUCCGCCGGAGGUGCUCCACCAGCGGAAGAAACUACCAAUCUGUCCCGUGAGAAUGGCUGUCGGCGGAUUCGCCAUCGUGGGUCUCCUCGGUUAUCUCACCUUGUACUCCAAGAAAAAGCCUGAAGCUACUGCCAUAGAAGUCGCCAAAGUCGCUACCGGAAAUGCCAGUCCCGAGAACACCCAUCCUCGCAACUGA